GGGUUCACUAGUGUGUAGGAGGGAACUCCCACUGGAGGCGUUUCUUCUCUCCGAGUGUAUAUUGAGACAAUACCGUCAAUGAGCUGCACUUUUCCCACGUUUUCUCACCAGGGGCGAAACGUUUCGGGCUCAAACACCGCAGAGAUUUUAUUCUACCCGCUCGUAGAGAUGUGUUUUGGCAAGUGAACCGCGUGAGUCAUUUUUGAACCAUUAAUAAUCACCAAAGCGCCUCGUCUGGUUCAGAGGCUGUCUAAUGAGGUGUGUUAGGAGUCGGGAAAAGUUGUUUUCAGUUUUUAAACUGCAGCGCUGCUCACGUAACGUUACGGCCGGAUAAACCAACAACCUUUGAUUUAACUACCGACUCUGCCUCCACGUCCUCGGAUAUAAAACAACUUGACUGUGGAUUUAAAUAUAAAGUGUGUUCCCAGUCUGGAAGACCCAGUAAGUUGAUGUGUUAGGACACAAUGUCUUCCCCCCGCUGCUUCCUGCUGCUGCUGCCAUGCGUCCUGCUGGUUCUGCUGGUCCAGUUUCCUCAGGUUCAGUCCAGACCGGCCACAGAGGACACUGACACAGCCGCAGUUAAAUCGUCUGAAGACGAAGAAGACGAUGAGUCAUCCUCAGAGGAAAAUAAACUGUCCAAUGAAUUGUCAACAAGCAACGAAAAGAUCCAGUCGCUGGCGCCGCAGUGGGUGAUGCCAGAGAAGAUGGAGAAGCAGCUGCACGCUGUUCCAGCCAGUAGGACUGUAAAGUUUCGCUGCCAAGCAACUGGAAACCCCGUUCCCUCCCUGCGCUGGUACAAGAACGGGAAAGUUUUCAGGAAGGACCAAAGAAUCGGAGGGUUCAAAAUCCGAGACCACAUGUGGACUCUAAUAAUGGAGUCAGUUGUUCCAUCUGAUAAAGGCAACUACACCUGUGUGGUGGAGAAUGAACACGGGAGUCUGAAACACACCUACCUGCUCGAUGUAGUUGAGCGUUCUCCUCACAGACCGAUCCUGCAGGCGGGUCUGCCGGCGAACCAAACUGCAGUUGUUGGCGGUAACGUGGAGUUUGUGUGUCGGGUGUUCAGUGACCCGCAGCCUCACAUCCAGUGGCUCAAACACAUCACCGUCAACGGCAGCAGAGAGGCGCCAGACGGACACCCGUACGUCCUUGUUCUCAAGACGGCAGGUUUGAACACAACGGAUAAAGAAAUGGAGGUUUUGACUCUGAGGAACGUAAGUCUGAACGACGCUGGGGAGUACACCUGCCUGGCAGGAAACUCUAUCGGAGUCUCCCAUCAUUCUGCGUGGCUCACCGUCGUCGAUGACCUGCCCCCUUCGGCGCUGCCCUCUCAGACAUACUUGGAGAUCUUCAUCUAUUGCCUUGGGUUUUUCAUCAUCAUCAUCCUCACAGCCACAGCAGUCAUCUGCAGACUCUGCUGUGCACCGAAGAAGAGCGACUUCAGCAGCCAGUUAGCGGUCCAAAAGUUAGCCAAAAGCAUUCCUCUGAGGAGACAGGUGUCAGUCGAGUCCUCGUCCUCCCUCCAGUCAGGGAUGUGUUUGAUGCGUCAGUCUCGUCUCUCCAGCGCCGCCACCACCAUCCUGGCAGGGGUGUCAGAGUACGAGCUUCCCUACGAUCCUGUGUGGGAGCUGGCUCGCGACAGGCUGACUCUGGGGAAGCCGCUGGGAGAAGGCUGUUUUGGUCAGGUGGUUCUGGCAGAGGCUGUUGGGAUCGACAAAAAUAAACCCACUCGCCUCACAAAGGUAGCUGUGAAGAUGCUGAAAGCGGACGCCACAGAGAAGGACCUGUCUGACCUGAUCUCUGAAAUGGAAAUGAUGAAGAUGAUUGGCAAACACAAGAACAUCAUCAACCUGCUGGGAGCCUGCACUCAGGCCGGCCCUCUGUAUGUGGUGGUGGAGUACGCCUCACAGGGUAACCUGAGGGAGUACCUCCGUGCCCGUCGACCGGUCGGGUUGGAGUACUGGAGCGGCUCCAGGCAGGCUUCUUUGGGCAGUUUGGAGAUCAGGGAGCUGGUAUCUGCUGCGUACCAGGUGGCCAGAGGAAUGACAUACCUCGCUUCAAGGAAGUGUAUUCACAGAGACCUGGCAGCCAGGAACGUGCUGGUCACAGAGGAUAACGUGAUGAAGAUAGCCGACUUUGGCCUGGCCCGAGAUAUCCACCACAUCGACUACUACAAGAAGACCACGAAUGGCCGUUUGCCAGUGAAGUGGAUGGCACCAGAGGCUUUAUUUGACCGCAUCUAUACGCACCAAAGUGAUGUGUGGUCUUUUGGAGUCUUGCUUUGGGAAAUUUUCACCCUCGGGGGGUCUCCUUACCCCGGAGUGCUGGAGGAGCUCUUCAAGCUGCUAAAGGAGGGACAUCGCAUGGAAAAACCCUCCGCAUGCACUCAGGAGCUGUACCUGAUGAUGAGAGAAUGUUGGCACGCCGUCCCAUCUCGCAGGCCGACUUUCCAACAGCUGGUAGAAGAUUUAGACCGCACACUCUCUCUCAUGGCCAACCAGGAGUACCUGGACCUGUCCGUUCCUCUGGUCGAGUAUUCUCCUGUCGGCUCUUCUGCCUCGGCUCAUUCCUGUAACUCCACAUAGACGUCCUGGGACCUUUUCCCUUUUCCGGAUCACCUUUAUCCCGUUUCCUCUGCUGCGCGGGGCGGCGGUGGCGGCAGUCCCGGACGAGGCCCGACUGAGGAGCUCAGACAGAGAGCUGCUUCACUGUUGUCUAUCGGCAGCAGCCUGAUGUGAAGAACAGCUGGUCUGAGCUGGACACCCCAGCGAGGCCUCAGGAAGCAGCUCACACACAAUCUCGUUCAUAAAGGGUGUAAAGAAGACUUGAGUUCACCCACUGAUAGAAGACUGUGAGAGCUGGGUUUGGCUCCUGCACUGCCUGUUGCAUUAGUGCUUUGGUAACGUUAAUAAUAAUAAUGUUCUCAGUGUGAAUAUUGUAAAUAGUUUGUGUUAUAUGUAAGACCAGAUUUGAUUUAUAAGAGAAAUAUGAAAUGAAAGGGAGAAAGAUACUAUAAAAUAACUGAAUAAAAUACACAACAAAGUGUAAAAAUGAAUCUAUAAAUGUGUGUGGGGGAAAGAAAUUAUAUUAAUUUGACUUUUUACUGUUGCAUUUGGAUUUAUUUUUUCAUCAGCAGCUGCCUGAAUUCCUCUCGAAAUAAGUUACUCAUUUAUAGAUAUUUUUCCCAAGUUUUUUUGUGUUUGACCAAAAUGUAUGUAUUUCUCAGUCAGGUUUGGUCCUCUGCAGUAAUGUCAUGUUGCCAAAAAUGAUGUCUACCAGUUCAGCAUUGCACUUAUACUCCAGCUGAUUACAGCCUGCCAUUUACAGAAAAUUUGAAUGUGUAAUAAGUGAAUAACAGUAUUAAAAUUCUUUUGAAUUUUUA